AUGGUGCGGCUUGCAGCGACUGCCAUCCUGGCACUCACCCUAUCGCCGGUGACAUCGGCAUCGGCCUCGGCGCCGGCACCAGCGCAACCUCCGGCGCCGUCAAAGUUUGGCCCGAGCGCGCACCACGCACGCGAGAACGCGGCGCAUAUCUUCAACGCGGUGCAUUCUGCGAUGAGGCAGUGGGGCAGCUCGAUCCAUCAUAACGGGCUGGCGGUGAUUCCCGCGACGGUGCCGCGGGGCACGAUGCUGUUCCACGGGGCGAGGGGCAACUCGACGCCCGAGGGGUUCGAGUGGCUUGCGUUCGAGAUGGAGCAUUCGGAGGGGUUUGCGAGGAGUUGGAGGGGCGGGGGGAGGCCUGCGCCGAGGCCGCCUUCGAAGCCUGGGAAUGGGAAGCCGCCGACGGUUUUGGGGGUUGAAGGGGAGGGACAGAGGAGGUUGCGGGAUGGGGAUGAGAAGAAACCGGAGAGACCGCCGCCGCCGCCGAUGGAGAAUAUGAGAGGGUACUUCCACACCUACCGCGCAAACCGGGAUUUGAAGCUGCUGUACAUCGACGGGAUGGCGGCGGGCAAGACGGACAUGGGCACGCUCGACACGCAGGACUUUUUACUGCGCGGGGUGGUGGACCAGCCCAAGUUUGGCGAGUUUGAGCGCGCCGGGGACAUUUGCGCGCUCGUGAAGUCGUGGGGGCUGGACGGGGUGAUACGGAUGGAGAUUGGGUUCGAGAGCAUCUACUGCGACUUUACCGACGGGCUGGACCUGGUGAGCGUGCUGCGGCGGCCGUGGAGCGAGGAGUGGGUGAGCGCGGGGGGCAUGCCGAUGUUUGAGUGGGCGAGGGCGGUCGGGCAGAGGUAUGAUGGCAUCGGGGGCGGGCGGGUGAGGGUGGGGUUCGGGGGCAUGGUGAGCGGGUUGUGGUAUCCUGUAAACGUGAGCAAUCCGGCAAGAGAGGAUAUGCCGCGGUUGGGGAGGCUGGAGGAGGGCGUGAGGGAGGCGAUGAUGGAGCGGGUGAGGGAGAAUGUGAUGCGGGAUAAGGGGGGAGUGGUUGAGUGGCAGGGGGUUGUUGAUAUGGUGGUGAGCAGGUUCGCGGACCGGAUAGGGGCGUUGGCGGAGGAGGGGGAGCAUGGGGCUGAUGAGGAGGGGUUCGUGAGCCAGGUCUUGGUUGUGACGAACAGCUGGCUGAUGUAUCCGCGAGAUGAGUACGACGUGGAGGUGAAGGGGAUGGUUGGGGACGCGAAGGAGAGGUGUGUGAGGCAGUAUCUUGCGCCCGCGGAGGUGGUGAGGAACGAGUGGACGGUUGAAGAUGGCCUCAUCCACACGGCUGUCGAGACCGUACUCGAGAGGAUCUGCGGGGAUCUCUACUCUGCUCGGGGGUUGUUAGUUGACGCUGCGCCAAAGCUUGCGGCUGCGUUCUCGGCGGAGGCCAUGAGCGAAGCCGUCGACGGGGCCGGGGGCGAGCUCGGAGAGGCGGUUGAGAGAGCGCGUGGGGUGAUGAAGGGGUUGAAGGAGUAUCUCAACUGGAGCGGGUGGAAGAAGUGCAGGCCUGGCUGUGCGGUGGACGAGGUCUGCUUCGUUGCCAUGUGGCCGUUUGGUAUGAGGGGGGAUCACUACAGCCCGAGCUGUCAGAAUCGGACGACGAUGGAGGGACGCGGGAGAGGGGCGCCCGGGCGCGAUGAGGAGGGGUACUGGGAUUGGGAGCCAAGGCCGUGA